AUGGUUCGACGAACAGAGACUCAACUCUUACGUAUGUUACUUGCUCAAGUAAUCCUUAUCAUCAUUUUUACUUUACCAUUAUCUAUUCGACAACUCUACUCAUCGUUCUCCGGUAACUUUACUAAAACUGCACUUCAACUUGCUCAAGAAAGUAUGGCAUUUCGUAUUGCGAGUGCAUUGACACAUUUUGCUAAUACCAGUACGUUUAUAUGUACACAAUUACUGGAACAGUUUUUCGCAAAGAACUUUUCAACAUUGUUGGGCGAUGUGGACGUACAAUUUGAAAUAUUAUUUCAACGAACCGAGGUGAAAUAUAUUAAAUGGCGAUAUGCCCAAGAAUUCUACAAAUCAUCUCUAUACAUAUUCAACGUGUACAACAAAAAUAGCAAUACCAAUUGCGAACUAAACGUUUAUAAUGAGACUAGAACUUUAAUUGUUGUGUAUUUUCAAAUGUUAUGCCGUCUAAAUAAACUUUUCUUAACAUUCAUAUUCUUUCGACUGAAAGGAAGAUCCGAUGAAAAAAAUUGA